UUGUCCGAAAGGGCAUCGCCGGGUCCUGGGCGCGCGCUGGUCUGUGCGACUACAAAUGAUCCCAGCUGCUGUUGCUGCGUCCUGGACCGCAUCAGACCGGCCGAUUUCUGCAGGAUAAUCUGGAGAGGAAUGUUAAUUACCGAUUAUUCAUAAUUAGCCCAUUGAACAGUUUUCCCCUACCAAAGGACUUUUCAAACGUUGUUAAUAUUUUUAAAAUACCAGUAAAUAAGUCCUAUAGUGUAAUCAUUGAGAAGGAAAUGGGAACCAAGACACAACACAGUCACAUCUGGCAGAGCUACAACGUGAAGCAGAGUGGUGUAGAUGACAUGGUCCUGCUGUCCAAGAUCAAUGAGGAUGCCAUCGUGGAGAAUCUCAGGAAGAGAUACAUGGAUGACUACAUCUUUACAUUCAUCGGGCCGGUACUCAUCUCUGUGAACCCCUUCAAGCAGAUGCCCUACUUCGGGGACAGGGAGGUGGAGAUGUAUCAGGGAGCGGCUCAGUAUGAGAAUCCCCCACACAUCUACGCCGUGGCUGACAGCAUGUACAGGAACAUGAUGAUAGACCAGGAAAAGCAGUGCGUCAUCAUCAGAGCUCCCUGUUUCUGUUUAAACCAGGGAUGGGCAGUUAAGACCUUAGAGAUCCUAGUUCUGUACUUCGGAGAAUCUGGAACAUCUAAAUCAUUUCCACAUGCUACGUUCUCCAUGGUCAAUCUGCCCGCUCUCCCCCGACAGCAUGCCAUGAGUGUGAUCGGGAUUCCCGAGCAGGAGCAGGACCUGGUGCUGCAGAUCGUGGCUGGGGUGCUGCACCUUGGCAACAUCGGCUUCAGGGAGGCCAGCAACUACGCCACCGUGGAGAGAGAAGAGAUGCUGGCAUUUCCCGCCUUCCUGCUGGGCAUCGAUCAGACGCGACUGAAGGAAAAGCUCACCAGUCGGAAGAUGGACAGCAAGUGGGGGGGACGGUCUGAGUCCAUCGACGUGACCCUCAAUGUGGAGCAGGCGUGUUACACGCGUGACGCACUCGCUAAGGCCCUGCACACCCGCCUCUUCGACUUCCUGGUAGAGUCCAUCAACAAAGCCAUGGUGAAGGAUCAGCAGGAGAUCAACAUAGGGGUUUUAGAUAUAUACGGAUUUGAAAUCUUCCAGGUAAGCAAAAGUACAGCCGUACUGGACAAUCCCCCAGGUAUCAUGAGCAUUCUGGAUGACGUUUGCGCCACCAUGCACGCGGUGGGCGAGGGGGCGGACAGCACCCUACUGCAGAAGCUGCGUGCGCAGAUCGGCACCCACGAGCACUUCAACACCUGGAGGCAGGGAUUCAUCGUCCACCACUACGCUGGCAAGGUGGUCUACGAGGCGGAGGGUUUCUGCGAGAGGAAUCGGGACGUCCUCUUUGCCGACCUCAUCGAGCUGAUGCAGAGCAGUGACAUUUCUUUCAUCCAGGCCUUGUUUCCAGAUAAUCUGAGCGUGGAGAAGAAAGGCCGACCGACUACUGCAGGUAGUAAAAUCAAGAAACAAGCCAAUGACUUGGUGAGCACGCUGAUGAGAUGUACACCACACUACAUUCGCUGCAUAAAGCCCAACGAGACCAAGAAGCCCAGAGACUGGGAGGCAGCCAGGGUGAAGCACCAGGUAGAGUACCUGGGACUGAAAGAGAACAUCCGUGUGCGGAGGGCAGGUUAUGCCUACAGGAGACCCUUCCAGAAGUUCCUGCGCAGGUAUGCCAUCCUGACCAAGGAGACCUGGCCGUCUUGGAAAGGCGAUGAGAGGCAGGGCGUGCUGCACCUGCUGACCUCCACAAACAUGGACCAGGAUCAGUUCCAGCUGGGAUGCACAAAGGUCUUCAUCAAGGCCCCCGAAUCGAUCUUCCUGCUGGAGGAGACACGGGACAGGAAGUUUGACGGCUACGCCAGGGCCAUCCAGAAAGCCUGGAGAAAGCACAGGGCCCACAAGACCUGUGGCCAGAUGAGAGAAGAAGCCUCUGAGCUGUUCCUGAACCGUAAGGAGAGACGCAAGCACAGCAUCAACCGGAGUUUCCUGGGCGAUUAUCUCGGCACAGACCACCAGCCUGAUCUCCAGCUGCUCCUGGGCAAGGGGGAGAGGAUUGACUUUGCAGACAAAGUCACCAAAUACGACCGUCGCUUCAAGGGAAUAAAGAGGGACUUAAUCUUAACCCCGAAAUAUGUGUACCUGAUUGGUCGGGAGAUGGUAAAGCAGGGUCCCGAGAAGGGAUGCACGGUGAUGGUGUUAAAGCGGAAGAUUGACUUGGAGAAGAUCCUGGCUCUGUCUCUCAGCACCAUGCAGGACGAUUUCCUGAUCCUGCAUGAGCAGCAGUAUGACAGCCUGUUGGAGUGCACUUUCAAGACCGAGUUUGUGGGCCUGCUCUCACGCCAUUUCCAGGAGAGGACCCAGAGGAGGCUCCCGCUCAAGUUCAGCAACAAGCAUCCCAGCGCUCAAAGGGAGAUGCUGAGCCGGCCCACGCCAGGGGCUGGCCGACCCAAACCCACCCCCAAGCCCAAGCUACAGCUGCCACGCUGCAAGGCGCUAUAUGCCUACGAUGCUCAGGACACGGAUGAGCUCAGCUUCAAUGCAGACGACAUCAUCGAGAUCAUGGAAGAAGAUGUCUCUGGAUGGUGGACAGGGAGACUGCGAGGGAAGCAGGGCCUGUUUCCCAACAACUACGUCAGCAAGAUCUAGAUCUGCUGUAUUCUGGGGAACACCCUAAAGAGGGAACCAGAACGGAUCCGGAACCUCCAAUCAAAUGGAAAGGCAGAGAAUGCGAUCCCCCUGGUGUUGUACAGUCUUAUUCCUGUGGUGCUGGAGCAGUUGGCAGCCAGAGGGCCCAAAGGUAUCUCCCAAAGGCUGAUGAUUGCAACAGUCCUAAGCCAAGGAUGCAAAAGACCAAAGGAAGGAAAAUGAAACGGACUACCAUCGUGCCUUACAGCACAUCUCCUACAGCCACAACUGUCACUAAAAUGGGGAUUUACUGGAAUUCAAUGAAAAACAACAGUCCUGAGAUGUAUUUUACUUAGUCACUAUCAAAGCAAUGGAAAUGUUGAAGCAAGAGUGGACAGAGUAACACUCUACAGCCACACACGUUUACAGCUUUCUAUUGAUUACAUUCUUUCCUUUUUGAAAACUAUCAGUGAUUAAUGUUUUAUGUACAGGGUCCCAGGAUUAUAUUAAACAAUCCUUUAAAAAGA